AUGGAAGCGCUGACAAACGUGGCCUUUGCAGGCUACGCGUACUACAGCGCGGCGGGCGAUGGCUUCGUCUACGCCCUGAGAUCCAAAGACAGCUCGGCGACUGGCUCGCCGGUCAUUCUCGUCGACCCUACUGCUAAAGCGGCGCACUUCUUUCCGUGUCUUUUCCUCGUAGCUGGCGGUACUCUCAUGGUCGGCCUUUUGGCUUUCGUCGUUGUGGCCUUCUGCUGUCAGCGCAAGGUGGCGAAGCUGGAGGAGACGUACUGGAAGUUGCAGCACACCUUCGCCGACGUGAAUGACACCCUCGUGCGAGAGGUAAGCCGCCGCACCUCCGCCACCGCCGCUACAUCGUCGGCGUCGCUCAAGCAGAGGUGCACCUCCAAGUCAAACAGUCAGAGAGUGGCAGGAUCCCAGUCGCCGUCACCGAUGCCGCAACACCGCGGCAGCACCGCGAGUAUGACCUCGAUUCGCCAACCACAGCAUAUAAGGGAGCAGCCGCCCGCAGCGCCAGUGUUUCCAGCCACACCGUCGCCAUACGGCAUGAACCCCAACCCUCCCUACCUCCAGCCGAUGAACGUCAGCCCAACGACUAUGCACAACUUCUCGUACAAUGACAACUGUGUACAGGCCGCCCUCUUCCCCCCACAGGCACUGCCGGUCCCCCUUUCGCCGUCGCAGCACCACACACGCACUUUGGGCGGCUUCGUGGCACCGCAGUCAACAUGCCUAACACCUGAUCAACCGCUGCGUCGGCGGGCGUCAAAGGUGAGCUUCGUUGGUGCCUAG